ACGUUCCCUCCAGCAUUCAUACGCUCGUAGGUCGACAAGAUGGCUCUACACUUCACAUUCAAUUCAUAAUUGAAAUUCAAAGUUUACCAUUCCACACCUUAUGAUGUAUUAAUAAUCAAUAAAUAUUUAUCGCUAUAAUUUGUUUAUAUGCCUAUACACUGUUUUUCAUUCUGAAAUAUUAAAUCAAAGCAAAUAUGAAUGCUGAGUUUAACAAUCACAACAAAGGGGGCUGGUUCUAUGCCUUCUCCCUAAAGACUAUAACGCUACUGAUAUCUACUGAGUCUAGUUGGUAACAGAAACUAUCAAGUUUCAAUACCACGUAUGUGUAAGAAACUACCAGCCCAGUACCACGUAGUUGUAAUAAUCUACCAGCCCAGUACCAUGUAGAUCACGUCUCUCCACACUUCGAAGCCUUUAGUGACCAAAAGACUUGAAAACAACAGCUGCAUUGCCAACGCUAAUUGUCAUAAAACUUGGGUGCGCAGCGCAGGGGGUUAAGAACCCAUAAGGGGCUGUAUCCAGGUCGUUAAAUGCGGAGCUCUGCUAAAUCUGAAGUUGUUGAAGUCGGUAAUAUUUCAAGUAACAUUCACGUAAGCAUCACAGAGAUCCAGUGCUGCCACACUCCAGAAAAUCAACAUCAGUUCUUCGUGGGCUAGAAGUAAAGUGCUCUAUACUAAUUGUCAUGGACUGUUAAGCUGCAUAAAUAUCAGCCUUGCCACAACUUCUUUUACAGUCCUCAAACUAAAGCUGCAAUUGGGUGCAACUUAGUAAAGCUACCAGUGCUCUGAUAUUUUCAAUAUUUUUGCAAAAGUAAGCUGUAGGAAAAUAGAUUUGAGUUCAUGUAAAAAUAAUUGUUUUUUUGUAUUAUCAGUGUUCAAAACAUUUACAAGUUUUGUCUGAGUAGAGAACAUUUUACACAUAAAUAUAAAAGGUAUAACAAAUACUGUAAAUAACGUAGUAAGAUUUUAAUUCUUGUAGGAAACGGUCAUAUCUUUAUUACGAGAGUCUGAAUGCUUUUUUUUAAUAUAAUAGUAAAUAUUUAAAACACCCAUAGAGUAUAGAAACCAUAUCAGUAUUCAGUGUAUCUUAAGAGGUUCUUUUCUAAAGUUAUAUCUAGUUCAGCAUGAGAUUUCAUACAGGUGAGAAAUCAUUUCAGUGUUCAAUGUGUCUGAAAAAAUUUAAAAACAGAUCAAAUUUAGGAAAACAUAUGAGAGUUCAUACAGGUGAGAAACCAUAUCAGUGUUCAGUAUGUCAAAAAGACUUUGCUCAACAGUCACAUCUUGCACAGCAUACAAGAACGCAUACAAAAGAGAAACCUUAUGAAUGUUCAGUGUGUCUUAAAGACUUCCAACGUAAAUCGGUUAUGUUACGGCAUAUGCAAAUUCAUACAGGAAAGGAACCAUAUCAGUGCUCACUGUGUCUGAAAGACUUUUCUGACAGAUCAAAUUUAGUGCAACAUAUGAGAAUUCAUACAGGAGAGAAGCCAUAUCAGUGUACAGUGUGCAUAAAAGAUUUUUCUGAAAGGCGAAGUUUAAUAAACCAUAUGAGAGUUCAUAAAGGAGAGAAUCCAUAUCAGUGUGCAGUGUGUCUGAAGGAUCUUUCAGAUCAAACAAGUCUCAUAAAACAUAUGCAAAUUCAUACUGGGGAGAAACCAUUUCAGUGCUCAGUGUGUCUAAAGGGCUUUUCACAAAAGCCACACCUAAUACAGCAUAUGAGAGUUCAUACAGGAGAGAAACCAUUUCAGUGUUUGGAGUGUCUAAAAAACUUUUCAGAUAAAUCCAGUCUUGUUCACCAUACUAGAAUUCACACAGGAGAGAAACCUUUUCAGUGUUCAGUGUGUAUAAAAAGCUUUUCUCAAAAGUCACAUCUUAUAAAACAUAUGAGAGUUCAUACAGGAGAGAAACCAUUUCAGUGCCUAAUGUGUCAACAAAAUUUUUCAGUUAAAUCAACUUUAGUAAAACACAUGAGAAUUCAUACAGGAGAGAAACCAUAUCAGUGCUCAGAGUGUCUAAAAGCCUUUUCUCGAAAGGCAAAUCUAAUUGAACAUAUGAGACUUCAUACAGGAGAGAAACCCUAUCAGUGUUCAGUGUGUCCUAAAGGCUUUUCAAGGAAACCAGGUCUAGUAAAGCAUAUGAGAGUUCACACAGGAGAGAAACCUUAUCAGUGUUUAAUAUGUCUAAAAGAAUUUUCAGAUAAAUCAACUCUAGUAAAACACAAUAGAGUUCAUACAGGUGAGAAACCAUAUCACUGUCCAGUGUGUUUAAAAGACUUCCCAUUCAAAUCAGCUCUGGUAAAACAUAGGAGAGUUCAUACAGGUGAGAAGCCAUGCCAGUGCUUAGUGUGUCUAAAAUUCUUUGCACAUAAGACUAGUUUAGACCAACAUAUGAAAUUACAUACAGAAGAAAAAUCAUUAUCAGUAUUCAGAAUGUUUAAAAAGAAUUCAUACAUAGGAGAAACCAUUUUCAAUGUUCAAAAUGUUUGAGACUUUAGAUAUGUAAAGUGCAAAAUAGUAAUGGGCAUUAUAUGCAAUAGUGUCAAGAACAUAGGCUGUUGAAUAAUACAAAAAGAUGGAUAUUGCGUAUGCAUCUUCCACCCUUCAGUAAAAAUUUGUAUUUGCCAAAAGGAAGUUUGUAGUUCUGCUUAUGGCCUUAGUACUUGUAGUGAUAGCACAGAUGCCUGAGUCAGAUGUAACUUGUGGGAAAGUUACUUGAAUCGAUAAUUGCAAAUACAAUUCGUUUUCAUCUUGAAAAACAUAAAUUAAUAAAUGAGUUGCAACAUGGUUUUACAAAUGGCCAUUCAUGUUUAACAAAUUUGCUAU